UCCGCCCUCGCCCAUGGCCCCCGCCGCCGGCCUAGGCUCCUGACGGCUCCGUCGCUGGGUGCACCGGGCCGGGGGCCGCGAUCUGGCGCGCCUGGAUCAGUCCACGAUGCCUGAGGUUAGAGAUCUUGCUGAUGCUUUGCCAGAUGUGCCAAUGGACCCAAUCACUGGAGUCGGGGUUGUUGCCUCUCGGAACCGGGCUCCUACAGGUUAUGAUGUAGUUGCACAAACAGCUGAUGGGUUGGAUGCUGACCUCUGGAAAGAUGGCCUCUUUAAAUCCAAGGUCACCCGAUAUUUGUGCUUUACACGGACGUUUUCUAAAGAGAAUAGCCACCUGGGCAACGUCCUGGUUGACAUGAAGCUCAUUGACAUCAAGGACACGCUGCCGGUGGGCUUCAUCCCCAUCCAAGAGACCAUGGACACGCAAGAAACAGCGUUCCGAAAGAAGAGGCUUUGCAUUAAGUUCAUUCCUAGGGAUUCCACCGAGGCUGCCAUUUGUGAUAUCCGAAUCCUGGGCCGGGGCAAGCAAGCUCCUCCACAGUAUACUUUCAUAGGGGAACUAAACAGCAUGAUCAUCUGGUAUAGAAUGGGCAAGGUUCCACGAAAUCAUGAAUCAUCUCAGCCCACAACGCCUUCUCCACAAGCUCCAGCUACGACGCCAGUUGCUAACCUUCCUAGGCAUAUAUCCCUGACACUUCCUGCCAGCUUUCGAGGGAAAGGGCAUGGCACGCGGCCGGACUUCGAGUACCAGCACUCUAAUUUAUAUGCCAUAUCAGCUAUGGAAGGUGUGCCGUUUAUGAUCUCAGAGAAGUUUGCCUGCGCUUCUGAAGGGAUGCAGCCCGUUGAUCUCCUGGGCAUCACCAUUAAAUCCUUGGCAGAAAUUGAAAAGGAGUAUGAUUACAGCUUCAGGACGGAGCAGAGCGCUGCAGCCAGGCUUCCGCCAAGCCCCACUAGAUGUCAGCAGCUACCACAGUCCUGAGGCCCCUCCCCUCCUCGGAAGGGAAUCACAUGUACUACUGAGCGUGAAACUGACCCCUUCCUUCAUUUCACCCUCCACCCUCCCCAUGUCCCUGAUAAGCAGUGUUACGGGAGAACAUUUUCUAGCAAAAGGGACAUUUUUUUCUAACAAAUCAUCCUUUUUUGUACCAUAUGCCUGUCUGGGAUGUCUUAAUCUUUGGGUGGGAGGGGUUGUACCUGUUCUUGUUCUGGAGAUUUGGAUUGGACUGGGGUUAACCCUUUUCGUCGGUUGCCCUGAUCUUCCAACCUCCUCUGGAAUUGCUCCACAUCAUAACUGAAUUUACAUAGACCCUGAUGGACGUUUCUGUCCAUCUCAUCUUACAUCCCUGCCCCUUACCCCAGUUACCUUUAUAGAUACACUUAGAAAGAAGGAAUGGACCUCUAGCCCUCGACUUUUAAGUGUUAUCCACACUUCAGUGGAAACAGCUUGUUCUGUAAGGGAGAUCAAAAUUGGAACUCGGUGCCGUCCCUAAAUGGGUCUCCAGAACAAUGACGCAUCAUCUGCCCUAAACUUGCACCUGUAUCUCGGUACAGGAUGGGAUUUUCUCCGGUUUGUAUAUGGACAGUCAGCUCAUCGCUUCCGUGGGCCAGUGUUCUUGUAUAACCUGUGGUUGUUUCGUUCAGUACUGGCUUAUGAAGGGAGGGAAAAGCCAAUCGUUUGCCUUCUCAGUGAUGAAAAUCGCACAACUGGUCAUUUAUGACUGGGAUGAACUCUCGACCUUUCGUAGCCUGGCCUUCCUUCAGGCUCAUGAAUCCUGGAAUUGUAUUUGCUCUGAUCUACGUUCAAGAGGUCUCCCAAACCAGUUUCCUCACAGAUUUGCUGUCAAGCCCUUUUUCAUUCAAGAGGAACCAGCCGAGAUGUUUGCAUGGAGAUACUCUGUGGAGUUCUCUCAGAACUGCCACUUCAUUGCAAGCCUGAAAGUUCGUCUCGACUUCCUUCCUGCCCCCAAAACUACUUGAACGUGGCGAUGAACAAAAGGCCCAUUCGAAUGUGUUGGUUACUUUGGUUGCCUCUUACGUCUUUGACCCCUGUUGGCUGCUUAAAAUGAGAGCGACCACCAUGUGUGCCUCCAGAAGCCUUCUUGGAAGGAUCCUAAGACUUCAGUUUUUAACACGGCUGGUCCAGUUUGGCCAGACCAAGAACAAUGAAGCUUCAGCUUCCAGCAUGCAUGUGAUGGGGAGCUCCAGCCACACUCUCCUUUGAGCCUCCCCAGUGCAUGUCAUGGUGAAAUGUGUUACUGACAAGUUAUUUCGGCAAGCCUGUCAGAUCUUUUGUGCUGCUUCACGAGUUCCUGCCAGAGAACAAGCACUGCAUUAUGGCAGGUGGAGCUUUUUGAGGGAUGUAUUUGGUUUUUAAGAGCAAGAAACAAAAAGGGGAAAGGUUCAAAUGCGGAACCUGUAAAUACUUAUUGUCUAACUGUAUUAAAAUGCAAUUAAUUGCCAUGGUCAUGUUGCUCAAAUGUGGGUUGUUUGGCUCUCAUUCUCCUGUUCCUUUGAUGCCGUUUGCAGAGUUUAGCAGGUAAUUUGGGUCGAGAGAGAGAGUCCCAUUCUGUAUUGUUCUUAGCCAGGGUGCUUCCACCCCCACCCACCCCCCAUUCAGAAUGGCGUUUUUUGGAAAGCUUGGCUUCUGGGAAGAUGAUGUUGCCAUUGCAGACCUGUAGCAAAAUCAACUGGUAGUUCACUCAGUGUACGUAUUUGACAGCUCGGAUAACAGCUGGAUGUUUAUGCACAGCACCUCUGGCCCUACAAAUCAGUUGCACAGAUACCUCUGGCGUAGGUUAUCGUCCUCUGCUGUUGCAGGAUUUGUUCAGUCUGUAUAACUGGUUUCUAGGCACUGGGUCAAGUGUGAAGAAAUGUGAUCUGCCUUUUCGGUGUUUCUGGUUCAGCUCUCAGGGCUGAAUCCAAAGACACAGAAAAAUGCGUUGCGCCCUUAGAAUUCCAACUUCUUCCGAGUCUCCACUUCUGUCCCACCCUAUUCCUUGCUGCUGUUGUUUUUUAUUUCCCAAGAUGCUGAAAUGUACUAUUUGAAAUGUGUGGCCAUUAGCAGCUAACCGAGAAAAAAAGUAUUAUUUGUACCCAAAAAUGAUAGGUGGGAAGUUAACAAGUGCAGUUGUUUCCUAAAGAUGUAUUCCAGAAAUGCAGAUGAUUUUUUAUGGCUGAGAAAAGAGGUGUCCAAAAUGUGGACCAUGAAGUUCUCAGAGAUUUCAAGGGCACGCUCCACUGGCAGCUCCCCAGACUUCCAAUUUGGUGCUGUAAUGCUACGUAGUCUGGAUUCUCACACACAUCACACACACAGCUGUUUGGCACACUGAGCCAUCCACACUGCUCUCUAUCAAUUGUGUCAACUCAAUUACAUAGACAAGGAGGGCCUGGCAGAUACCAGUUUCUUGCUCAUGUGUCCUGCAUGUUCAAAUGCAUCGAUGCAGUACCGUCAAGCCUUUUGCUUAGAGCUGUGCAGGCAUGCCUUUGGGUGUGAUGACUGCAUCUUUCCUUUUCUAGUUAGUUGCCCUGUUCUACAUUUAACAUUUGGUUAUCUUCUGAUUUAAAAAAAAUGGCCUUCUUAUAGUCAGCAAUUUCUUGAAAGGAGGAGUUCUUUUCUGCCUAGUAUCUUCUACUGUUCCACCAUUUUAUGAGUUAAUCCCUUUUCUCACAAAUUUGGAAAGGCCACUGUACUGGGGUCUGCCAGAACAGGAAGCACAAUUUUACCUGCAAGCAGGUUCGUCUCUGCAGUUUGCGCUGAACCGCCUUGUCAUAGCAGAUCUGAGGCACCCUUCAUUCUUCCCCACUGGCAGUUGCUAAGAAAUGCACAAGUUAUGAAUCUCUACUUUCUCCAUAGUGGUGGUUGCUCUGGGAUACCAUGCCUGAAGUACUUUGGGCAGCUUCAAAACUAAUGAAUGUUUUCCACUUUAGAAGGAACAUGCAACCCAAAUGUACAGUAUCUCAUAUAACCAUCACACAUGGUCCAGUUUUGUGUGUGUGCAUGCUAAGAAACUUUGGCCAGUGGUGGCUUCCCAGUGCAUGCUUUCCUCCUUUUUGUGGAACUUUCCAAGUGUUUCCCAUGUGUUAUCCCAAACACUGCCAUUGGGGGGAGAUAGAUACAUAAAAUUAUGUUUGCUGCACUCAGGCCGCCAUGGCCAAGUCUUGACCACCUGAUUGCCCAGGCAACACUCUAGUGUGAAUCAGGCUGUCGAUGGGCACAGAAGCAACUGUGUUUGAAAUUGUGGUAGAUGGAAAAGGCUGAAACUGUGGUAACAGUUACCAGUUGUCUCCCCAUGUACAGCCUGAUUCAUACGAAUUUCCUUCAGUGAUUUCAUGGUCACUCAUGUUUUAUGGAAUUUGAUGGUAUGAACUUGUUCAAUGUGGACAAAUCCUGUGGCGUGAAUAUGUCAUUUUUCAAAUGGCGUAUAAAAUAAAGUUUGAGAGAGCCAGAAAAUUACCUUCCACUAAUGGUCAGUGUUUUGUCUCUUUUCCUUAAAACUUGUCUGGGUGUUUAUUUCAAUGGGGUGGGGCCACCAGAGGUGAAAAGAGUCUUUUGGGACUCUGUAAUGUGAAAUGUCUCGAGAAAAGCAUUUAUUUUUAGCUCUCAGAUCCUACAGGCGAAAAGAAUAACAUUGUGUUAUGCAGUUGGAAAUCUUUGGUUGUAUUGUGUGUCUCUAUGUGUGUAUUUGUUUCUAUUUUUUUAAGAUGCUAUGCAUUUUAUUUGUGCUGGAAUGUUGAAAGUGGAUUAACUUGUUCAUUAAUCCUAUUAAUAAUAUCCUUUCAUAUUUAUUUUUAGAUGGCCUUCCUUGUAUUUUGCAAAGGGAAGUUUUUGUGUGUGAGAAUUUAGUCUGUAUUCUUAAUAUAAUUUGUUAAAUAAAAGUUUGUUUUAACCUGUU